AUAUAACUCAUAAAUUAAUAAAAACAUCUGCAAAGUAUUCUUCGCCGUGGCGACUCUGGAUAGGCCCAAAAUUGGUCAUAAUCAUUGAUGAUCCUGAAAAUAUUAGCAUUUUAUCAAACAGAUCUUAUGGAUUUGAGAAAAGCCAGUUGUAUGACUUUAUAAAACCUUUUUUCGGUAACGGGUUGAUUACUGCUCCAGAUAGCCUAUUGGAAAUUGAUUUUGAUUUGCAGAACAAUUUGGAAUUAAAAUUUCAGGAAUAUAUUAUUGAAGGGAUAGACUUAGUUAUGCAAAGAAUUCUCAAUAUAUGGUUACAUUCUGACGUUACAUUUAACAAUUCAUCUCUGGGAAAAAGAAUAAAGGCACUUCUACAAAUUCUUAAUAAAAUCUCAAGCGAGGGAAGAGAAACUACUGCUGGUACACUGACAUUCUUAUUUUUAAUGCUGGCCUCGUUUCCGAACAUUCAACAACAAGCAUACGAAGAGUUGUACGAUAUUUACGGCUCAAGUGAUACUAAUGAUGUUCCUAUUACACUGGAAGAUAUCAACAAAAUGAAAUAUUUGGAAAGAGUAAUAAAGGAAACUUUACGUUUAUUCCCUUCUAUUCCAUUUAUUGGACGAACACUAUGUAGCGAUACAAAAGUGGAUGAAAAUCUUGUAAUACCGAAAAACUGCUCUGUACUUUUUUCAAUAUUUACUCUUCAUCGAAAAGAAAAGUAUUGGACAGAGCCUUUAAGAUUUAAUCCUGACAGGUUUUUGCCUGGAAAUUACAACCAAAAAUGUUUCUUACCAUUCAGUUCUGGGAAAAGAGGAUGCAUAGGAAACAAAUUUGCAAUGAUCGAAAUGAAGGUUAUUGCUGCUACUGUGUUAAGAAAAUUUGCUGUUCGAAUAGACGAUGCAGUUUCAGUAGAAAAUGUUAACKUAAAAUUCAGCAUAACUUUGGAACCAGCGGAACCUAAUUUUUUGAGAUUUAACAAGAGAUAAUGUUUCUACUAUUUGUCGAUACUAUGUCAUUAAUAAAGUAAUUAAGGCAUCGGUCGCAACAACAAUAGUUUCU